AUAAAGCUACUGUACAUCUGCCGCGUGGGCAUCAUCUCAUGACCAUCUUUUGCUUUCUAUAAACAUAUCAGACUAUCCUCUAAAAUCUUUGACUCUAUCCUUUUUUUUUGAAAGGCACUUUGACUCUAUCCUGUUCUUGCAAUUUUCAACUCCAAUGGCUUCCAUUCACAAAUCUCUCUACAUUAAUGCAGUCUUCACUUUUUUCUUUGCUUUGCUAUGUUCUUCUCAUGCUUACAACUUCAAAAUCGGUGGCAAAGAUGGCUGGACUUUACAUCCUUCAGAAAGCUACAAUCAAUGGUCUGGCAGAAUGAGGUUCCUCAUCAAUGACACCCUCCAUUUCAAGUACAACAGCGGGUCAGAUUCAGUAUUGGUGGUCAACAAAGGCGACUAUGAUAGUUGCAACACAAACAACCCCAUCACCACCCUCACCGGCGGCGAUUCUUUUAUCAACUUGAACCGCUCAGGCCCUUUUUACUUCAUAAGUGGUAACAAAACUAAUUGUGAUCAAGGUCAGAAGCUAAUUGUGGUUGUUUUGUCACCUAAAAAGAGACUACCACCUGCCGGAGCUCCAGCUCCAGCAAUGUCUUCACUAGCUCCGAUAGGGUCCUCUGUUUCCGCACCACCAGAAUCUGGGGCGUCUAUUGCAGCUAGUCCGGUGGCUGGCCCGGAUGGAGGGGCUGCUUCUCCGACCGAUAUGAGUGCUCCGGCACCGGCGUCGGUGGCAGCAAGACCGGCGGUUUGUGCAACAUUAAGUGUGUUACUUGGCAUGAUACUAAUAUUUGGGUUUGGGUUGGUUUGUUAGUAUGUUUAUUUCUCGAGAGAAAUAUGAGCUAGGUUUUUAUUAAUUAAACUCUUGGUUGUCUGUUAAUAAAAUGAUUGAAUUUCUAAUUUAAUGAUAAUAUUUUUA